CGAUAUGUUCAAAAAAACGCGCGCUCUAUAAAUAUGUAACAGAGAGCACGUGCAAAUGACAGUUUCGUAAUAGUAAAUUUAAUAUAUAAUGAUUAGGAGGUAUCAAAAAAUAUAUAAUAGCUUAAUAACUGUCAGUUGGUGAUCAAUAACAAUGAAGUCUCCAAAUCCACUGCAGUUAACUCUCGCCAUUAUAAAACCCCAUGUUAUCAAAAGUCCGUUCGCGCUCCAGAAAAUACGUGAAAUAAUAGUUGACAAUGACUUUAAAGUCGUGAGGUCUCGUCGAACAAAGAUCACAUCCGCUGAGGCGAGUUAUUUUUACCAAGACCACAAAGAUAAAUUUUUCUACAACAGACUAGUGACGUUUAUGUGCAGCGGAGCUUCAGAUGUUCAUAUUUUAGCGCGAGAUAAUGCCAUCGUCAGGUGGAGAGAGCUUAUGGGCCCCACAAAAGUUUAUCAGGCCCAAUAUUUAUCACCGGAAUCAAUCCGCGGCAAGUACGGGCUCUCUGACACCAGGAAUGCAACUCACGGGUCAGAUUCGCCUGAUUCUGUCAUAAGAGAAAUAAAAGUUUUUUUUAAUGACUUUGAUGUCAAUAAAUGGUACGACACCGAAGAAAUUUAUUUUAAUCGCGGGCAAGUUAAGUUUUAUCCAGAUUUAUUUUUACAUAAAAUUGAUAAAAGUUCUCCUUUAAAUUAAAAAUUUUGUUUUUUAAUUUUAGUCACUAGUCCAAAGAAAUUUUUAUCGUUAAUUAAUUUUUAAUUAUUACCGUACUAUAGAUUAUAAUUACUACUAAUGAUACUGAAGUUACU